UUGUCAUCCUAAUUCCAAAUCUUCUUAUAGAAGAUGGCAGAAGCUGCAGUGAAAUCCUUUCUGCAAAGAUUGAGUUCUCUAAUAUUGCAAGAGAAUGAAGCUUCUCCAACAGCUCUGCAAGAUCAAAUCAAAAAGCUGCAGAACAGACUUGAGGAGAUUGGAAGCUUUCCUAGAGAAGUAGAUAAGAGCAAACAAGAAGAUGGAUUGGUUUGCAAUUGGGAGAGCGAUUUGAUGGAAACAUUACAUGAUGCAAACAAUUGUAUCGAUCAGUAUGUCACUGAGACUAGAAGUCAAGAUGAAUCCAAUCAGGCACUGUCAAUUGUGCAAUUUUGCAGUGAAUUAGAGAAGAUCGAUGCAAGUCUUGCCGGAAUUUCACGCCGAAGGUCUCAACUCAAUAUGCCGCCGACAUUGGAAGCAAAAGAGGAAAUUGAGCAAAGUUCUUCUACUGAUGGAGUUGAUGAAGAAGGUGAGGAAUCUCUUGCUCCCUUUGCAUUGAAAUAUAGUAACUUACCUUUUUAUCUUAGAUCCUGCUUACUCUACUGUUCUCUCUUCCCUGAGAAAAUAAGUAGAGGAAGAUUGGUUCGGUUAUUGGUGGCUGAAGGUAUUUUACAAGAAAAACCAGGGGAAGUCAUGGAGGAUAUUGCUGAAGAAAAUAUCAAUGAAUUAGUUCGCCAAGGAAUGCUUGGAUUUGAAUUUGACUUCAAAAAUAAAAAUGAACUCAAAGUUGAAGAUCCUUAUCAUAUAAUCUGUCAAAUUAAGCUGCAGGAAGGAGAAGGUAUCACUCCAGAUCUAGUUUCUGAUUCUAAUUUUCCUCAGAGUUCCCGCAUUGUUUUCAUCCAUUACCGUGGUGAGAUUAUCACAACAAGCUUGAAUGAUCACUCAAUUAGAUCAUUACAUGUCUUUUCAGACUAUUCAGAAGGAUUAAUUCCCGAUGAGUAUCGGUAUGAAGGCAUUCCUGACGACCACUGGGCCUGUGUAAGAAAUGCCUUCUUCCAUAACUUCAAUUUUUUGAGGGUUUUGGACUUAGAGAAUCUUAAAAUUAAGAGCUUACCAGAAGAAAUAGGAGAUCUGAUACAGUUGAGGUACCUAGGUUUAAAACAUUCAGCACUGAAUGAGAUUCCAGAGAGCAUAGGAAAUCUUCAAAAUCUACAAACUUUGGAUAUUAGAUGGCCUAGAAAUCGGAGGCUAGUAUUACCAAUUGGAGUCCUGAAUCUUCUACAGUUGAGGCACCUUAAGUUGCCAAUGAAUCAAACAGAAGUCCCCUCAGGUAUAGGUAUAUUAACAAAUCUCCUGAGUCUAACUGGUUUAUUCGCAAGACCCGGCAUCAUCGAAGAAUUAAGAAGUUUGAUUCAACUCAGGAAACUGGAAUUGAUGGAUGUAUCUGAAGAACAUGCCAGUGAGCUCUCUGCUUCUAUUAUGAAGAUGAGAGGACUUGUGUCUUUAUCUCUAGUUACAAGUGGUCAUAAGGAUGAACUGUUGCCCACAUGGGAGCCAUUUUCACCACCACCAUGUUUCAAAAAACUUCGCCUAGAUGGGCGUUUAAUGGAUCUCCCUCACUGGGUCAUCUCCAUGGAGAACCUCACUAAGCUAAGAUUAGGUUAUUCCUUUCUACCUAAGGAAGCAGUUUCUGUUCUCAAAGAACUGAACAAAGAAUUUUGUCGGGUGGGUGGGUUUCCUAAGCUGGAGGAACUUACUAUUGCUUCUAUGAAUCUAGUGGAAUGGACUGAGAUUGAAGAAGGGGCAUUUCCAAGCCUAGAAAUCCUCUGGUUUCACAAUUGUCCACAGUUGAUGAAUCUACCGGAAGGACUGCAAAAUGUCACCACUUUAAAAGUGCUGAAGAUGAUACCUUUGCACCCAGAUCAUGAGCUGAGGUUGAAACCUGAUGGAGGCGAAGAGAAUUACAAGAUCAAACACAUUCCACUGGUACAACUUUUUAGAAUGCCAACUGUUUUUGAUUUCUGAUUCUUAUUUUUAAGAUAACUAAGCAGAAGAAGGCUUACUGGAUUAGGCCAAACUCAAUGUUCUAUGUGGUGUACUGCUUUUGUAUGAAUUUGAAUAUUAUUGCAGGUG